GAGUUGAAGUCCAGCGCCUCAGGAAGGCGGCGAAGCAUGGACGAUGCCCGUUCUUUUCCCUCAUGGAGCUCAGGGAUUUGGGCACCUUCCCCUUACCGCCGGCUUGGCGGGCGAAGCUAACGGCCGCCGGUUUCCAGACGGCCCAAGAGAUGCUGGAGGUCGGGCCUUGCCAGCUGAGCAAAGAGAUUGGCAUUUCUAAAGAAGAUGCUCUAGAAAUUUUAAAGGUGAUCAAACGGGAACAGCAAAAUGAUGGAGCAAAACCUUCUGAGGAAGCAGAAACGGUUAAGAAGAGGACAGCCCUGGAACUGUUGGAAAAAGAGCAGACUCAAGGAUUCAUCGUCACUUUUUGCUCUGCAUUGGAUGACAUCCUUGGUGGGGGUGUGCAGCUCACCAAAAUUACAGAGAUCUGUGGAGUGCCAGGUGUUGGGAAAACACAAUUGUGCAUGCAGCUAGUGGUGGAUGUGCAAAUUCCAGAAUGCUUUGGUGGACUUGCUGCGGAAGCUAUAUUCAUAGAUACCGAGGGGAGCUUUAUGGUUGAUCGAGUUGUGGAUAUAGCAGAAGCCUGCAUUCAUCACUGUCAGCUUAUUGCUGAAGUGCACCCAGAAGAAGAUCAUCAAAUAGCCUUGGAGACUUUCUCUCUUGAAAAUAUUCUUUCACAUAUUUAUUACUUCCGUUGCCAUGACUAUAUGGAGCUGCUGGCACAGGUUUACCUCCUCCCAGAUUUUCUCUCUGGACACCCAAAGGUACAGUUGAUUGUGAUUGAUGGAAUUGCGUUUCCUUUCCGCCAUGACUUCGAAGACCUCUCGCUGCGAACGAGACUUUUGAAUGGCCUGGCCCAACAGUUGAUAUGCAUUGCAAAUGACCAUACGUUAUCUGUAGUGUUGACCAAUCAGAUGACCACACGCUUUGAACAGAAUCAUUCCUCUUUGGUACCUGCCUUAGGGGAAAGCUGGGGUCAUGCAGCUACCAUACGUUUAAUUUUGCACUGGAAUAAAAAGCAGAGGUUGGCAAUGUUGUACAAGUCUCCGAGUCAGAAGGAGUCAACCGUACCCUUUUGCAUUACGUCUCAUGGAUUCAGAGAUGUUCAGCAUUCAGAUUCAAACCUGAGCCCGGCAGAAAACGAAGCAAAUCCUCGUAAAAGGCCAAGAACAGACCAGGUAGAAGAGCAGUGAAUCAGAAAAAUAAAUUUCGGCUAUGCUUCCUUUGGAAAAUGAUAGUACUACAAGAUGGAUAUCAAGGUACCUCAGAGAGUAACAUGAAUAAAAAGUGUGAAUUUCAAAGAA